UAUGAAAACGGAAGAGGGGAAAUAUCAAACAAAGGCACAGUGAAAUAUGCAACAACACGUGCUGGGGAGAGCGAGUCAUGGUGCAACACAGAGGCUGUGGAGUUGGGGGGUGGGAUGGGGGGACGGGUAUGGAGGGACGCAGAGAGGGGGGGGGAGGGAAUAGGGCCUAGAUGGCGCAGAGGAGCUUGUUAGUGAUACCUUACCCUCAUCUCUAUUUUUUUUUUCUAUGUUUUUUCUUUCUUCUGUGUGUCCUUUCGUAACUCUUUCUCUCGUGUGUAUUAUCCUUUUUUGUCGUUCUUUGCUUUUUUAGAUUUAUCAGAAGACUGUGAAGUCUGUCCUUUCAAAUCAUUGCCACAUAGUACUGUUUUUUCGAUCCUAUUAUUUAAUUCGCUCACUCCAUUUUUUUACUUUUUUUUUCUUCGUGUAUUUUAAUUUGUUGUUAAUUAUAUAAUAACGAAAAUGAAUUCUUAUUCGAAAGAAAAUAUGAACACGGAUCUACCAAGCAUUCAUUUGACACCAGACUCAAGACGCGUUCACCGAGAGAAUACGUGUUCAGUACAAGUAUGUCACGUAUUGUUCGUGUACAUACUCACUGGGACUUAAAAGUAAAUGUAAAAUAGGCCGUAACAAGACAUAAUUACGUAAUGUAAAGUACGUUGAAUUGAGAGACUUGCGUUGAUGAUAUUAUGUAUAAUAUAUUUUUUUGUUUUUUGGGGGGUUAUGUUUGUGAUGCUGGUAUAGUCUGUAAUGCCUAGUCGGGGUGAAGAGGGACAUGAUAGCAUCAUGAUGGUCGUGAAAGUCUGGUUGAUGGCCGGUAACAGUGGCAGUAUCUUGAUUAUGUUUCUCCGGUGUAGAUUUAUGGUUCUCUGUACGCAGAGGGGGUCAGUGUGACUAUUUUGGUAAUGACGAUAAUGGCAGUGUAAAUGAGCAUGGACACGUUUGGAGAUCGUGUGAAUGCUUGUGGUGAGAAAAAUGCUCGAUUGUGGUAAAGGUGGAGGGGCUGUAGCCGAGGCAACAACGUGGCGCGGAGGCGAGAAGGCGGGGUUUGCCCCAGACAGCGUGUCUGGGCGUUCAAGAGGGUAGGCUGGAACGCGCACAACGUGGUGAUAGAGUUUGCCCCGCGUCCCGGGGUGUUAGCAGUAGGCCACAAGGUUGCAGCAAGACGCAUCCCAAUCCUUCCGCCGAGAGAAAACUCAUCCAGCAGCUACAUCCGGAAACACACGAAGGUCUACCAGCGAUAAAAAAAAUUAUGGCAUCAUUUGACAACCUCUAACAACAGAGAGAAGAUACAAGGAAAUAGAGACCCAGGAAAUAAAGACUUCAAAUGUCAAAAAUCCUAUAGAGAAAGAAGAAGAAGAAGAAAAAGAAAAGACGAAGAAGAAGAAGAAAAGACGAAGAAGAAGAAGAAAAAAAGAAGAAAAGACGAAGAAGAUGAUGAUGAUGAAGAAAAAGAAGAAAAAAAGACGAAGAAAAUGAUGAAGAAAAAGGAGAUGACUGUCUUGCUCAAUGCGGAAGCACAUGUGUUGCAUUUGUAAAUUUCUUUGCACUCGCCAACAACUGCAUUUUUCUCGAUUAACUAUUUUAUUCUUUAACGAACGUUAUACAAGUACCUAAAGCUUGUACGCAAAUAUGACUGAAGGAGAUAUAAUGGAAUCGUAUCAUAUGUUAUUGUAUAUAGUCAGAGCGUAGGAAUAAAAAGAAACAAACAAACAAAGGGAAAUUGAAAAUAAAUAAAACACUCAUAAGAAGAAGAAAAAUACAGUUUAGUGCACCUCUGUGUUUUGGAUCUAUAAGCACUGUGAAUGAGCCAUAUUUAUGAUUAUUUUCUCCUCCACGUUAUUAUUUUUAAGUUUGUUGCGGAAAAUUUCUCUUUAAAAUUCCCGCGAAAAUGUCACUGUUUUCCUUGUCUCUCUUGCGUCCGAAGCGCAUUGUGACUUUGGCUUCAAUCUUACAAGUGAAUUCUAAACUUAAAAUUCGGCGCUAUCGCUGACUCACAGAAGAAUCUAAUUAUAAAAGAUACAAGUAUUAGAAUAUCAGCACGCGAAUGAUAAUUAUCUAUAAUGUAUUUAAAGUAUACUAAACAUAGACUUUUUACCAUCACAGUUCAAACGAAAAGACACAAACAAUCAGUGAGUACAAAUUCCUUCAACAAAUUGCAAAUCUACAAAAAAUGCAGCAAUAAGCAAGUGUUAUACAUCGAGAAGAUAUCAAAGAGAAGCAAAACUGGACUCUCAGAAUGGAUGAUCCCAUGUGCAGUAUCCCUCACAGUAGGGAUGACAGUAAUGGGGGUCAAAUGGAAGCUGCUGUUGAAGAACUUGGCAGCAUGUUUGGACAUCAGGUUACGAGGGAGGAGAUGAUGGAGGUGCUGCUUGCUAACAAUUAUGACCUGAAUUCGUCCAUUAGUGCUCUUAUUCAAAAGGGAAACAGACAGUCACCAGACAGAAGAUAUGAAAGUAGACAAGGUGACUACAUUGGUGUUCAGUAUGACUUGCCUGAUGCUUAUUGUUAUGAAUCAGCUCUUUUUUUUGGAAAGUGCACAUGUGAACGCUUGCCAGUGAAGCGCCUGAUCAAGGAGUGGUACAUCGAUAUUGUGAAGAAGCGUGGAACUGACAAGCGAAAGCAGAAUAUAGGGCGGAGCCUUGCCCGCUCCCGAAAUGUGAGUCAGUGCAGUGCCGAUUCAACUGUCACAAACAGCAUGGAUAGUCAUGAUAUAGGGGAGUCAAGUCAGGAUCUGAGUGAGGAUAGUCAAGAUAUCAUACCAGAUUUCUUUGACAUGGAAAUGGAAAGUGAUUAUGAGAACACAUCAAGUACAAGUGCUUCUAGACAACAGACUUCAGGCAACUCAAGGGGCUGUUCUCAGGAGGAUGCAUUGCCAUUAGAGAUUCCUCCGCUUACUUUGAAGGUGAACAGUACAACAGAUUCUAAGUGUGUUGCAGAUAAACCUGUCUCUUUGAGCAAUGGCAUCCCAAUCCCCAAGCUACCAAAAGAAAGACCAGAGAGAGAAUACAAUUUCUCCAUUCCUCCAGUAAGCUCAUGUUCUGCUGUGUACUCUGGUCCUAGUUUGGCAUUCCUUGUUCAGUCAAAAGAAGAAACCCCAAGUCCCAACUUUUUACCCCAACCUUUGUCAAGUCAUGAAAGUACUGGCCCAAGUUUGUCAACUUUAGCUCAGUCACAUCUUGAAAAUGCUGCCCCAGGCUUGUCAUCUCUUGCUCAGUCUCACCAGAAAAGCACUGGUCCUGGUCAGUCAUUACAGGCUCUAUCUCAUUCAGGACAGUCUGGUCAUGGUUUACUUACUGCAUUGCAGCCAUCUUUGGAAAUUAGUGGGCCUAAUCUCUCAAGCUUGGCAGAGUCCAAGCUAGGGCCUAGUUUGUCAAGCCUACAGUCCAAUCUGGAAGGUACUGGUCCCAGUCUUAAUAGCAUUGUCAGCCAAGAAAGCAUUAGGCCAGGUCUUCCAAGCUUUGCUCAGUAUAGCCAAAUAAACAGUGGGCUUGGUCUUGCCAGUCUAGCUCAGUCAGCUGUAGGAGACACUGGGCCUAGUAUUUCAAGCCUUGCUCAGUGUAAUCAAGCAGGCGUUGGGCUUAGUCUCGCUAGCCUAGCGCAGUCUAACUUAGGAAACACGGGACUUAAUGCCUCCUAG